CUCGGAUUCGGGGGCGCUUGGCAAUUAAGGGUCCGAAAGGCGGCCGGGGAGGAGACGGUGCCGCGAUUCCUGCCGGCAGGGGCAGAGAAGAAGCGCCAAUGGAUGCUUGGCCCAUCACCCCAGGAGAGCUGGUGUGUUUCGCCUCCAGCCUGGCCUUCUCGGGCCUGUUCUACUACCUGCACAGAAGGAAGGCCAAGGUGGCCGCCAGGAUCCAGGAGGCUCCAAAGUUUCAGGUCGGCGACGAUCUCCCCAGCAUCCUCUCUGAGACGGGUAGUGGCUGCCUGCGCUAUGUUGCCGUUGAAGGAAUAGUCCAACCGGCUGAAGCGGCUCUAACCAGCCCCUACCACAAGGAACUGCAGGGAGUGAUUGAGAGAUUGGUGCUGAAGGAGCAUCGGCUGAUCUGGAACAGCUUGGCUCGGAACUGGACAGACAGCGAACGGGUGGUGCUGGAGCAGGUGAACACGGCUCCCUUCGCCCUGGCAUCGCCCAGUGGCAAGGGGGCGGUGCAGGUGAGUGUAGAGUCUCCCCUCCGUGCUGUCGAACUGCCCUUGGAGACGGUGUACGAGCGCUUCCAGCAGACGGCCCAUGGCUUCAAGGACCUGCUCGGCCACUACCUAAGCGGGGAGAAGCCAAAAGGCUUCCUGGAGACCGAAGAGAUGCUCUUGGUUGGGAGCAGCCUCACCGGCAUUGGGGAGUUGGUUCUGCACCCGGAUGGCUCCCUCCACCUGCAGCCCCCGACUGACGGUGCCGGCUACUUUCUGCGCCUGGGUGACUGGCAGACGCUACUGGCCGAACUGGAAUCCGCCAGCAGUUUCUGGAAGUGGGCUACGUUGCUAUGUGGCCUGGCAGCGGUUGCCACCCUCCUACACGCCCUCUGCCGAGCGUACCGAAACCACCAGCUGAAGCAGGAGAAGGAAGAGCAGCGGCGAGAGUUCGAAGAGCUCCAGCUGCACAAGAGGCUGGCCCUGGAGCCGGACGAAGAGCUGCCCGCGGGCACCUGUGUCAUCUGCCUGACCAAUCCCCGGCAGUGCGUCCUGCUGCCCUGCGGCCACGUCUGCUGCUGCUUCCGUUGCUUCCAGGCCUUGCCCAGCCGCACCUGCCCCAUCUGCAGGAGCCCCAUAGACCGCGUGGUCCCCCUCUAUCAGGUCUGAUGGGACAGCAUCCGAGUGCCCUCUAGGCACUGCAGGGGGUGAUCUGGGCAGGCCUGCAGACCAGGGUACGUGCCAUCUCCCCCUUUUCUUAUCCUUGGGCGGUGUGUCCGGGGCUGAAGUUGCAAUAAAGCUCCUCCCGUUCCCUGCACGACCUCGAAGCCAGCAGCAAUGAGGAGCUGCAAGAUAUGUGGACUUAAAUAUUUAUUUCACUUUUUGCUAAGACAAAGAGAGCCCCGGAACUGCUCAAAUCCCCCUGCAGGCCUAGAAAAGGAAACUCGGGCAGCAUUCAGAGGGAGCUCAAAGACUUUAGGGAGUGAAGAUCUUUAUGCGGUACUUGAAUUUCCUCGUCACGUGACCUCAUGGACUGUGGACAAAGUUCUGUUCUGAGCCAGCCUCUUGGAGCUGGGUUGAUAGUUCUUGCCUCCCCGGCAGGGCUCCCAACUCCAAGGAAAGACCCCUCUACUAGCAGGGGAAGCUGUUUCUUUGCAUCUUGUCCCAGAUACUAGAGUUGAGUUUUAUUUUUGUAAACCCCUCCCUCCUUUUAUUUCAAGCUGUGAUACGGCAGCUAUUCCACUACAGCUGGGGAGCUGCUCAGGUGACAGGCUAAGACGCUUUUAGUGUAGCCCCUGCUACAGGCAGCUGAACAGCUGGGGUGUUGAGAUCGCCCUUCCAGAGCAGCCAGCAUGAGAGCAGGACACCGGGGGAUUCACAUGAAGCCCGUGUGUUCUUGUGGGCACCUCUAGGCAACAUGUGCCAGUUUUUGCCUCCCAGCUUGAAUCUCUCAUGAGUUCAGUCCUAUCCUCACAGCUCUUGAGGUAAGCUCAGGUCAACUGCUUCUCUUUGGAGCCAGCCCAUCACUAAGCCAUCUGCUCUCAUUAAUUCUGAGAUCUGCUGGCAGGUAUUUUGCUGGUACCCAACAGGCCCAGUACACUUUUCCCUUCUUUUUGAGAUGGUCAACCAAUGAAGUCUUGGGGGAAUGAGCCCAGGGGCACGGCUGGCGUUUGGCAGGCUGCCAAGGAAUGGUCUCCCACUUCACCCCUCGCCCUAAAGAUGGUUGGCAUAAUCAAGUGUUUCCUAGGCAAGAUAGAGCCUUCCUUGACUUUUCUUACCCUUGCCUGCCUGGUAUGUUGGACUGGUGUGUGUGUGUGGGAUGAGCUGAGCGCUCCGUAAUGCAGAGCUGAGUUACACACAGGAAACACGGCAUCAAGUCCUAUUGAUGAAUUGACUAGCCUGUCAAAGCACAUCUGUCUCUUUAAUGGAAACCUCACCAUAAUGGAUCCUGAAAGGAAGGCAGAGCAAGUGGGGAAAUCGGGAAGGGUGUUCUUUAUCUUCAGACAGGAGAUUGCUGGCAGGAAGAAGCGAUGUCCAAUGUGCCCCCCCCUACAAAAACUCAAGGCAGGGGCCCUGAAGAGCUGCCACACAGACGGUGGGUGCCCCGCCUGCAGACUCUGAGCUGCGACGUGACCCCUGCAGGCUGAGAGCAGCUCUUGAUCGGGUAUGUGCUGCUAAUGGAAGAGCCAGCCUUCCCCGCUCGUACGGUGCCCCACUUGGGGAGGGACCCGGGGGGGGUCCCUCUCCACUGGGGCUGCUCCUCUGGUGAUACUCCCUCUCCCACGCAUUGUUAGGAAGAAUUGGCCAGUCACCUUCCAUGCUCACAGGCUGGGAGUCAUCUGACCAAGAGAUCCAACUUCACCACGAAGCUGGCGGAGGAGAGCCAGAGUGGCAGGAAAGCAAGUCCAGCAGUAGGCGCAACCCCCCCGCCCCCUUCCCAUGCAGCAUAGCGUCUAAAUGGGGCUUGGAAAUGCCAUUUCAGUUGCUGCUCCUGCCCACUUCCUGUUGCAGCUUCUGGGGCUGGGGGGCCAUUUGUCUCUUGGCUUGCUGCAGAAACGAGGUGUCUGCCGUUGCCCCACCCCACCCCUUUUAGCUAUAGUGUUACAGAGAACAGAGGAUCCCCGCCCCUGUAGCCUCUGCCCCAGAGCCUGCCUGCCUUUUAAAUUUCCCUGGCAAGAAGCAUCCACGUGCCUGAAAUAAUUCCUGGGCCACGAUCCCCCUUGCGGGCCUGAAGGGAAGCAGAAAUUAGCGGGGUGGGGUGGGGGUGGUAGUAAGCGCAGUUGGAGGCCAUUGCUUCUGCUGAAUUCACUGGAGGUGGGGGCUGGAGACUGGUUUCAAGCAUCUGUGAUUCAGCUGACAGGUGGGUGGGUGGGAGCUUGCUGCCGCCCAGCUGGCGAUGGGCGGAGGGGGAACGAGCCAGUGCAGCAUUGACUCAGCAGUCCUUGCCCACUUGAGUGGGUGUGUGCAUAUACACCCCGAGGAAAAGAAGCAAAGCCAAUGUGCCAACCAGAACUGAUUCCCCUUUGCAGAAGUUGUGGUUUUCUUUCCAAAGCUGCUUAGCCUGGAAUGAAGGGGGCGUCUUCUGUAAGAGAGACAGAUAGAAAAUAGGGGGGGGGGGAAGGCCAAGGACGGAUCAGGGCUUGCAGGAGUGGGGGGGGGAUUGCGUUCUCCUUGCAAGGUAGGACCUUUGUGAAUUCAAUGCUCGGAGUGGGCUUGUGGUGGAGAAAGUGGCUUGCUCCCCUCCCUCUCCUAUCAUCCUGAUGGGAUAGGGAGGGUCAGCUCUGUUUUUCUGCUAAUUUCUCCAGCGCCUGUCUUUAGGAGCGGGCCAGGGAGAUCCUUUUCCAGUGCCAAGGUGAGAUUAUACAGAUCGUUGCUUGCAGCAGUGAGGUGUAUGCACACAAUAGUGUGCGGGGGUCUCUGUCUGUUUCCCCUCUAGGGCAGAGGAUUCGGGGGCUGGACUGAGAGGUUAGACGCGUUAGCGCUUGAGUAGAGUUCGGAAAGUUUGAGCAGCACACCAAGGAAGGCGCUCCUGGGUCAAGCGGAGGCAGCCUCUCGAGUCGAUAAGUACCCAAGUGCAGCUUUACACCUCGUACUGAACCAUUUCACUUGUAAUUUUCACCCAAGUUUUAAUGUGCCUUUGCAACGUUAUAUGCAAAAUAAAACACGCCACUGUUAGGACA